UACGGUUUAUUCUCUCGUUAAAAAAGAGUUAAAGAAGAAGGUUCGGUAUAAAUACAACCAUGGCAAAUGCAAAGCUUUGCUUGUAGCACAGCACUUCCACAAACCCUUCCCCACACUCGAUGCAUUGCCAAGCCCACACAGUGCGCGCCAUGCCACCGUCCUCCCCUCUCGUCAAGGUCCCCUCCCUCCCGCGCGGCCUCCUCUCCUACCUCCCCACCAACCUCUCCUCCAUCCUCCCGAUUGGCCGCGACGCUGCCACGUCCACCAACGCAGCUUCGCCGCCGCAGACCGCGCCACCGUCUCCCAAGAAGAUGUCGUCGUCGGGACAGCAGCAGGCAGCGGGGAGCCAGGCCGACGCGGCGGAGCUGGCGCCCGUGUUCGAGCUGUUCGACCGGGACGGCGACGGUCGCAUCACGCGGGAGGAGCUGGAGGACUCGCUGGGCAAGCUGGGCAUGCCCGUGCCGGGCGACGAGCUCGCGUCCAUGAUCGCCCGCAUCGACGCCAACGGCGACGGGUGCGUGGACGUGGAGGAGUUCGGGGAGCUAUACCGCACCAUCAUGGCGGGGGACAAGGCCGACGGCAAGGGCCGCGGCGAGGGGGAGGAGGAGGAGGGCGAGGACGAGGACGAGGACGAGGACAUGAGGCUGGCGUUCCGGGUGUUCGACGCCAACGGCGACGGGUACAUCACGGUGGACGAGCUCGGCGCGGUGCUGGCGUCGCUGGGGCUGAAGCAAGGCCGCACGGCGGAGGAGUGCCGGCGCAUGAUCGGCCGGGUCGACCGCGACGGCGACGGCAGGGUCGACUUCCACGAGUUCUGCCAGAUGAUGCGCGCCGGCGGGCUCGCCACGCUCGGGUGAUUCCGCCAGCUGCUGAUGCAUGUGUGGCUAUGGAGUGCCGUGCACUGCAUCUCCAUGCUUGAUUCGUUUUAGAAUUUAAGUGGCGGCUGCAGGAUGGACUACUAGGAGGCUCAUCUCCUUCUUCCUCACAGCUCCUCUCUUCUUCUUCCUUCUAUCUCUUUCAUCUCCAUAAAGCACUAGAAGUUAAAAGAGGCUUAAGCCCCGUGCCGCCCUGUAGAUAUAGGUUUGAGUGGAGUUCGCGUAACCACGCUCGAAUUUUUUUUCUAUCUUCUUUUGUCAUUUGUUGUUAGAGAUUGAUGGGCUUGCUAAUUAACUAUUGUAUUGGUUGUUGCUCGCAAGUAUUGCUCAAGGGAAAAAGGUUUUCCCUGUUUUCUUCA